AUGUUAUCUCAAGAAGAAAGGAAGCAGAUGAUUCUCAAGCUAUUUAUUGCGCUAAAGGAGUCGAACAUAUUCCCUGGAUAUACACCUGUGCAAAUUAAGGAGGCAGCCAUAAGAGCCGAACAGAGGAUAUACGAAGAAAGCAAUUCUAAAGAAGAGUACCUGAGAGGCAUGGGCGAAAGAUUUCAGAGGAUCGAAAGAGUUGUGAGUAAUAGGAAUAGAAGUGAUGGAAAAGAGAAAAAUACUCAAGAGCGAGGAGGGCCAUAUAUAUAUGCUAAGCCUCAAACUGUUAAAGGCCAAGAACUUGGAAAUGUUUCUGGAGAAACUUCAACUUCUACAAAGCAAGAUUAUGCUCACGGGAAUGGCAGCUUUGAAAGAGGAGAAAGAAGAUUGUCUGAGCAGCUAUUUACAGAAAAUAAACAUCUUUUUGGCAAGCAAAAAGGAUUUGUUCCAUCUGAAAUCAUGGGAAUAAGUCGGAGCCAUGGCCUUAAAGAGUCGGAUAACAUUUCCAGAUUCAAUGACCGGGAUAUGGAGGGCAGUACUAGAGGAAGAUCCAAUUCGUGUAACAUCCAGGGUUCCCUUUGUGACCCUAUGGUCCAUGCGAUAGGUGGGGAGGGGUUUCCUAAUAAUUCCAGAAACCCUAUGUUUUUCAGGAGACCUCAAUCCGAAGUGGGCCCUUACAACCCAGUCAACAGAAAGAGCUUUCAAAAUGUUCCUGACCAGAGGCAUUUUUAUAUGCAAAGAGGGGGGUAUCAGCAAGACAUAUCACCCCAGUCAUAUAGACAUGCGAAUCAAGGAUUCGGUUCUGAGUUUAGCCGCUUUGAUUAUGGAGAAGGAAAUACCAAUGGAAGGUCUAAAGAUGAAAAUGUGCCUAAGUCUUCUAUUGAUAUGAAUUUUAGUGAAAUACAGCAAAGCAAGCUUCCAGGUAGUAGUACACUUAAUGGAAGAGGAUUUGUCCCUUUACAAUAUCCGCAACAGUUCGCCCACCCACCUUCCUCACCAUAUUCAAAUCCAGGAAAUAUGAAUAUGUUUCCAUUUUCAGGAAAGCCUACAUACCCAAACACUGGGCCUUUUGGGCCCUUAAACCAUCCAAUGUUUGGGCACAACCACUCUUCCAGAAUACAAAAUGUACAGGGUUUCCCCAUGUCUUCCGCUCCUGACACUAUUAGUGGUUUUCCUCAUCAAAGUCUUCAUGACCGGCCUACAAAUAUGUUUUCAAAGCCUCCUCAAAAUAGAGAAAGUCUCAAUACCGAGUGGUUGGGGAAUCCUUCGGUAUUUGACAGACAUUACACAAAUCCUGGGCAGAGUUCAAUGAAACCCUCGCCCAUAUUCUUUAACCAACAAGUCCAACAUCAGCCUUAUUUUCAUACUAUACGGAAUCCAGGUCAGUUUGGCCCUGGAAUGGAUAGAAAGGAAGCUGUUUCUGAAAAUUCCAACCAAUGGAUGUUUGGCUCAUCAAAUGAAGAUCCUCGAAUUCCAUAUGAUGAGUUUCUGCGCAGGAAUAGGAAUCUAAAAAAAAGCGUCGAGUACUUUUCCUCAUCUAAGAAUGAAAGAGAUGGUUUUCCUAUGAGCCCUGGGGAGUAUAAGACUAGCCCAAGCCAUCAUCCUUCUUGGCCCCCUAACGGAUUUAGGAGCUUCUUUUCGGAGGAUUCCCCACCAUGCUCAUCAGAAUCUGCUAAUUUACAGAAAAGAACAGAUAACUCUCCAUGGUUCAAAGAGGGGGCUCUCUACAAUACAAAUUCUGAGAAAACUUCACCUGAGAAUCUUGUUGAAAAGGGUAGAGGAAAUUAUAAUGUGCAUAGAGAAGAGGAAAGUAUUGAAUACAAUAAUAACAAUCCAGUAAUUCAACAUCAUUCUAAUACAAAAGAGGCGUCCCAGGGCAUAAACAGUAUAUUAGAACCUGAAAAGCCUUUUGCUUUUCCUAGUAAGAUAAAUAAUUUCUUUCAAGAACAUGAGAUGGAAAGGAUUUAUUUGGAUUACAAAGGACUUACAGAUCUGAAAUCAAGACUAAAUGAAGCUAUCAGUGUAAUAGCCAAGUCUCAAAAAAUAUACAAUGCUUUUAAAGAGGCUUUCCCUGGUUCAGAGCUGCUUCAAAAAUAUGAUGUAAUCAAGAAUCUGCUUGAAAAGCAAGAAGAGUAUCUCAACCAUGACGCUUAUUUUCUGAAGCCACGAAGCAUAGAUGGCUUCAUAGAUCAGAUCAAGUCCUUAACUAUUGACAUGAGCCAUGACUUGAAACUGAACACAACAGACGCCGGUGAUGUAAACUACGGAGAAUGCCUUAUGAAUGCUGUAAAGGCGUUUUCAGAAAGGAAAAAAAAAGAGGAAGGCUUUGGCCUGAAUGUAGUAAACGAAGAUGCAUACGAGUGA